AAGAGAGAGAGAGAUGGGGGGAGUGAGAAAUGGAUGGUUGGGGCAAAUGGGUUUCAACAAAGGUGGAGGAAACAUCAAUUGGUUCCCGAGGCACAUGGCUGGCUGCAGCUACCCGUGCUAUUCGCCAACGCCUCAAACUCUCUGACCUUGUAUUGAAGUCCGCGAUGCCCGUAUAUAUACCAUUGUCUUCGGCGAACGAAGACUUGCAACCAAUGCUUUCUGGAAAAAGGCGAGUCAUUGCCCUCAAUAAGCAAGAUUUGGCCAACCGCAACCUCAUGCAUGGAUGGAUUAGUUAUUUUAAUUCAUGUAAACAAGAGUGUCUCCCAAUAAAUGCACACAGUAGAAGUUCUGUACAAAAGCUUCUUGAUCUGGUCGAGUUUAAACUGAAGGAGGUUAUGACAAGGGAACCUACUCUCCUUGCCAUGGUGUUGGGUGUUCCGAAUGUUGGAAAAUCAGCAUUAAUCAACUCCAUCCAUCAAAUUGCAUUAUCUCGAUUUACAGGAGAAGAUGAACUAGAGUGGGGCCUUUGCCUGGUGUUACUCAAGAUAUUGCUGGAUUCAGGGUUAGAAAUAUUCAACAACAUAAAGGGUCAGAUUUUGCUGUUGUUGCUUGUCCCGUAAUGGCUAAAGUUGAUUGCUCCCAUGUUCUACAAACACGAGCUGGCUCGGCUCCACUGUUAGAAAAAAAAAAAAAAAAAAAAACGUUUACGGGAGUACAUUCAUAUAUUAGACGCUAAAGUCACUAGUCUAGCAGGAAAACCAGUUACCUUCUCUGAGGUUCAGGUUGCAUUCAUGUGUAUAAAGUGUUGUUCUGUUGAUCCAGUCUUUAAUUUUUAUCUCUUAUCUAAAAGAAAGAUUCAAUAGUGACUUUUAAACAACUGAAAGAAGUGGAAGACUAAAUAUGUGGUGACAAGAGUUAAUUUAUUCGAGAACUUCUUGUUAGAACU